GUCGUGUGUUUGGGACACUGGGGACUUACACUCUCACACACACACACACACACACACAAAGACAGUCAUCGCUGGUCUUCACAGAGCGACCGUCGGGGAAAACAGUUGAGGAUAAGCAGAGGUCUUACCAGGGGCAGAACUGUUAACAGCUGCAGUUUGAGCAGAGUGGACCAGUCCAACAGCCAGGAUGACAGAGCGCUACGACUGCCACUACUGCAAGGAGUCCCUGUUUGGGAAGAAGUAUGUUCUCCGGGAGGAGAACCCCUACUGUGUGAAGUGUUACGAGAGCCUCUACUCCAACACCUGUGAAGACUGCAAGAAGCCCAUCGGAUGCAACACCAGGGACCUGUCCUAUAAGGACCGCCACUGGCACGAGGACUGUUUCCAGUGCUUCCAGUGUAAACGCUCCCUGGUGGACAAGCCCUUCUCCACCAAGGAUGACCAGCUGCUCUGCACAGAGUGCUACUCCAACGAGUAUUCCUCCAAGUGCCAUGAGUGCAAGAAGACCAUCAUGCCUGGCUCCAGGAAGAUGGAGCACAAGGGGAACAGCUGGCAUGAGACCUGCUUCACAUGCCAGCGCUGCCAGCAGCCCAUCGGCACCAAGAGCUUCAUCCCCAAGGAGAAUAACAACUUCUGUGUGCCCUGCUACGAGAAGCAGUUUGCCAUGCAGUGUGUGCAGUGCAAGAAGCCAAUCACCACUGGGGGGGUGACCUACCGAGAGCAGCCCUGGCACAAAGACUGCUUCCUGUGUACCAGUUGCAAGCAGCAGCUGUCAGGCCAGCGUUUCACCUCUCGAGACGACUUUGCCUACUGCCUCAACUGCUUCUGCAACCUGUACGCCAAGAAGUGUGCCUCUUGCACCACCCCCAUCAGCGGUCUGGGAGGCAGUAAGUACAUCUCCUUCGAGGAGCGCCAAUGGCACAACGACUGCUUCAACUGUAAGAAGUGCUCCGUGUCCCUGGUGGGGCGUGGCUUCCUCACCGAGCGCGACGACAUCCUGUGCCCGGAGUGCGGCAAAGAUAUCUGAUUGGGGUGGCAAUAAACGGCCGAUGGUUGUGAUUGGUCACUUUUGAUUCGGUCAGAGAGGAUCUAUGAGUACGCAAACCCAGAGCAAAAAGCUCCAGUACCGCUACAACUCUGCCUGGCUGCCUGACUGUCUGGAUGACAAAGCAGACACAGGCUGCUAGAACUAACUAACCCGUUUAGCUAAUAUGAAUUACAGUAACCUAACCUGUGACUAUAUUUGACUGUCAGAGUGCAACAUCUUCUGCAAAAUCUUGCUUCUUGCAUGUAAAGGCUUGAUAAUCUAUACAUAUCCAUUUGGCGUUUUGAGGUGCAUGAGUGUCUGAUGUGAUAAUCAAUUAUAUACAGAUAUGAAAUAUAUAUUCAGAGUUUAUAUAAAUAUAUAUGUAUGCUAUACAGGUGGUGUGUUUGGAAGAGCAGAAACCGUGGAGUUCCAAAGUGAAUGUGAAAUCCCGAUGUGAACCAGGCUUAUAAAAGGGCUACAUUAAAGGGUUCAAAAGAUCCACAUUUGAGCCAUGUUGCCAGUCUUUAAGGAACUAAAAUAAAUGAAUAGUACAAACAAGUACACAGAAACUUAAAUUGGAGUUUUGUCAAGAUUGUUUUUGCUUUAAAGAUCUUACCUUAAUAAAAGCUGGUACCAGAACAUACUGUGUAAACAAUUGAGCAAAUCAAAACCUCAAAGAUAUACACUGUCACAAGGGAACCCUAUAUCAAGUCUGUGUGCCUCAAAUUCAAAUAAAGUACUUUAAAAAGAACCAAA